GAAGUGGUACUGUUUCCCAGAAGCAUAUAGGUAUUGAUUUACACAGCGCGAAUCUGAUUCUGUGUAAAACAUACUCGGAAUAUUUACUUGCAAAAACAGAAUUUCUUUCUAUAUUAAUCAACAGAGAUAAACAAGAGAACUUUGCGAAUGAACCCGACAGUUUGAGUAACAGCCCUCACUUAACGACCCAUGGGUUCUUGUGUUUUCAGAAGGAAGUAUAAUUAAAAAGUGACAAUUAUAAUUCAUUUGUAGUGGUUUCAGAGCGGUAGUAUAUUAAAAUGUGUGCCAAGAAAAAGCUCAAAAUCUGCUUGAUGACGCAAGCAAUCAUAAUACUGAGUAUAUCAAUAAUGAUCCAACUAAUUUUAUGCAUUAUACCAAGUUGGGUUCACGUUGAAAUUGAUGGCCGGAACAUCACCGUGAAUAAAACUGAUUAUUACAAUAUUCUAAAUGAAGAUUAUGCUUACAAUGGACUUGGUGAUAAUAUUAUUACUGACAAAGUUGAAAAUGAUUUUAAUGGCACGUGGUGGAACACUACAAACACUCUGGCUGUUACGGAGCACUGUGCUAACAGGAGCUAUGCUAUUUGGUAUAUUGGCACGUGUAUUGAUGGCACGUGUUACACUGACUUAUAUCCAGACAUGAUCAAUGGCACGUAUGCUACAAAGAGUUACUUUGAACCAGGAUAUAACUUUUCAUGGGUAGAUGAGAGAAUUCCAUUUUCUAGGCAAAAGGAAUUUCAAAUGGAAGUAACAAUAGCAGUGGGCGUGACAUUUGUGGCUGUGUUUUUUAUAUCGGAUCAUAAGAGGAGAUAUAAAAGUGACGUCACCGGAUAUCUGACACAGAAGAAUCAUUUCAUUCGACAUUACGUAGAAAUGGGUUUAAUUGUACUUUCAGGUUCUCUAUUAUGGGUUCCAACAAUGGUGUAUGGCACAGUGAAUGAACGCUUGGUCACAUUCGCCGCUCAGGAAAUACAUACUAGUACAGACUAUAAACCAGUCACCAUCCAUAGAGCAGAUGCUGUUAUAUGUGCAACCAUAGGUCUUAUUCUAUUUGCCUUUGCCUUCAUUUUAAUAUUCUUUGCAUUUCUAAUAAAAAGAAAAGAAAGCCAACUGAUUCAAACAGAAACAUUUGCUUUAAACAUUCUGGGAUGCAGAGACGAUCGGCAAAGUGUUCCUAUGCAACCGGCUCCGCAUCGAAACGAGAGUGCACCCCCUGAUUAUGCUCAGUCUGGUAAUAUAUUAGUCGGGCAUGUUCCUUUUCCAGAUCCGGUGCAUGCCGGAGCUGUAGCUUGUGAACCACCACCGCCUUCGUAUGAGGAGACUAUGAGAUUUUAUAAGACAUCUGAUGUGUCAAAUAUGUAUACAAAACAAGAAGGAAAGGAUACAUAAUAUCAAACAUACACGACGAUGUUGGAUCAUUCAUACACGACGAUGUUGGAUUAUUCAUACACGACGAUGUUGGAUUAUUCAUACAUAAAACGUUGGAUAAUAGAAAAGAUUAUAUGAAGACGUUGGAUUAUUAAUACAUACAUCAAGAUGUUGGAUUGUUAAUACAUUAAUUUGUAAGUUCAUCUAUGCCUGAAGCUGUUAGACCAUUAAUUCAUGGUGAUAUUGGAUCAUCAAUUAUUCAUAAAGAUGUUAGAUUAUUAGAACCUGAAGAAAUUUCUGAAUCGCUGCGUUAAUAAAUGAAAAUAUUGAAUCAUCACGAACCCUUGUAAAUACCAAAUUUUUCAGAAAUAUUUACGUUGUGUAAUAAGAUUUUAAAAGUGACAUAUUGCCGGUAUUUAUGUUCUAUGAACGAUGUUAAUUCAUUACAUUAUUUCCAUAUGUCAGACAUGCUUUUGCAUAAAAAUAUACCUUUGCAUAAAAAAUAAUUGAAAAGACUAGCUAUUUAAUGGUAUGAAGUAAAGACGUAUACCAUUAUAUUCUGCGUUCUGCGUUUAUAUCCUUAUUAUUAAAGUAUUUAUUUUGUAAUUACAAAAUGUAUUUUUUAUUUAAACUCAAAUUAAUUAACGUGUUAUAAGAGAUAUUUUCCUUCAAAGGUUAGUUUGUCCUUUAACCUGUAAAAUACUCAACGUAAUAUGCAUAUACGUUUAUGAUUUUUAUAUGUCAUUUAUAUAAAUUUUGUAAGAAUACUUUAAAAGAACAAUGUGAUUUACAGAUAAUAGAAUUAUUUGUAUUUGUGGUAAAUGAUUAUUUGUUGUAUAUGAAUAACAUUGUUAAGAAAUAAACCAAACCUGGAAGAAAAAGUGUUUA